AUGGCCGCAACCAAACCCAAACCACCAGAGACAGGAGGGGCACCGGUGGCCUUGCAAGGGUGCGCAGCCGCCGCCGCGCCGCCCCCCGCCGCCACCGCGCACCGCCGCGCCCGCCGCUGCUCCUGCUCCUCGCUGCUCGACGAGGAGUGCGUCUACUUCUGCCACCUCGACAUCAUCUGGAUCAACACCCCCGAGAAGACCGUUCCUUAUGGCCUUGGAGGCCCUUCUCGAUCCAGAAGAUCACUGAAGGACAUAAUGCCUGAGAUGCUCACUGAACCUAGCAGCAGAUGUCAGUGUGCCAACCAGAAAGACAAGAAAUGUCUGAGUUUCUGCCAGACAGGAAAAGAACACUGGGCUCAGUCCACAAUGGAGAAAAGCUUGCGUCACCGCAACAAAGGUGGCAAUUGCCUUGGACCAAAAUGUAUGAACCAACAGUUUGUUGGCAGCAAGAAAAUGAAGAGGCUAGAGGCCAUUGGUAACAGUAUCAAAGCUUCCUUCAGUAUUGCAAAGCUGAAGGCUGAGCUCCAGAAAGGGAGGAAGCUGAAACAUAACAGGGCGAAUAAAAGACAGAGCAUCUGGGAAAGCCUAAAAACAUCCUAGUGGGAAGAUCAUCUGAAUCGUUCAUCAUCACACUUUCUGACAAAGUGUCACCAAAACUCUGUUUCGACUUCUAACAUUCCAUGAUGACAAAGCGCCUCUCUGUCCAGGUGGUCAUGCAGCAGAACAAAACACGAAAGAAGUCCUGUAUUUGGAGGUGUAAAAGCAAUACAACUCUAGGAUUUCAUCCUUUUGGAAUCCAGAUGGAUGGGUAGAGGGAGGUGAAGGGACGUGCACAGUAGCCUAUAUUAGAAGCCCUCUUUCUGAAGAAACAUUUGAUUAUUGCUUCAGGAAUGUUACCGAUCAAUUCAGCAGUUUCCAGGGCUGACCUCAAAAGCGUUUUGCAGGGAAGACUUUACAGAUGUGCUUAGAAAGGACAGAAAGCAAGAUCUGAAUGGACAGACUUCAAAGACUCUAUUUUUUGAUUAAAAUGCAAAAUGAAAGCCACCGUGCUACUUUAAUCAGGACUUGCUGCAUAUAUACAUGUCUACCUCGCGUAUUGUUUGUUGCACUCCUGCUAGAGUAUUUUUACACCUUGUUAUUGCCUUUACUAAUCAGCUGCAACCCUUUGCCUUUUUUCAGAAGUCUAGUUUACUUGUACAACCAGAGAUAUCUGAAUGUGGGUUUACACCCAUGCUGUGCUUGUCUGGAUAAUCAAAGUUUUGGAUAUCAAAGGACUGUUCAACAUAGAAUAAGAGUUAGAGGACACUACUAGGUUUCACAUAACAAAGAGAUUUGGCUAGCUGAAGCUCUAAUAAUAGAGGUUGUUUUGUCUUACAUGCAAUCAGAAACGCACUGAAGCAGAGCUGCACCAGAUACUGUUGUGAGAUUUAUUCAGUGCCUUGUUUGGUGUAAAUCUGUAGAGACAAAGGGUUAUUUUAAUUUAUGUCAAAAGGCUAAUAUUGGGUGAAUGUUUAUAGCAGUGAAUUUGUUCACAUUGUUGAAUUUGCUGACAGGUUUGAUUGAUUGAAUUCAAUGAUGUGCUUGAUUUGUAUGUGUUUUGUAUUUAUAUUCACACAAAUUCUUCAUUAUAUUUACCAUGUUGAAUACACAUUGAAGUAGGCCAUAUUGGUCUAUGCAUGUUUUAUGUAUUUCUGUAUGAAAUUGGGAAAUGCUUUAUGCCUAUCAAGGUAAACAUCUUCAGAAAUAAAUAUUUUUAAUUACUGUA